UAACAAUGGUGACAGACGUGCAGCUCGCCAUAUUUGCCAACAUGCUUGGCGUGUCAUUAUUCCUACUGGUCGUGUUGUAUCACUACGUCGCAGUCAAUAACCCCAAGAAGCAGGAGUAGGGUGUGCCAACAUGAUCGGAGAGAUGAGAUGGGCAUUGAAGCCGCCACCUUGGAAACAACAUUCCACAUCAUCCCAGCCUCUUUCCAAGAGAUGAAUUUCUAUGUUGCUCUGGUUGCACAUUUUUUUGUAUAAUAAAAAUGUAAAGGACA